ACAGAGAAGAGAGAGGAGGUUCCCAAUACCAUUUACGCGUGUUUCUCUCUCCACUGUCCCACCCCCACUUAUUCCCUUUCCCUUCUUCUCCCAUUCUCAUAUCUUCCUCCGCCUCCAUUCUUCCCCAAACCACCUUCAUCUCUCUCCAUUUCCAUUUUCUCACAAUUUCUCGCUCUGAAGAAUACACACAGACGCCGCCGCGGUUUGCUCUCAGGAUUCGCCCGGUUUUCUUCUCCGGCGAAGAUUUCCGAUCUCAUUUCUCGCCGUCGAGGUCGACGCCUGCGUGAGUCAACUCAAUUGCAUUCCGAUUCGAACUUCCAAAAAUCAAUGUCAUUCCGACACAUAGCGCGGGAUAUAAGAGAGAGCAUCGGGAGCUUUUCUCGCCGGAGUUUCGACGUGAGGAUUCUCGGGCAUCAUCGAGGGAAGUCUCAUGGUUCUUUCAACGACUCGAAUGAUCAUCCCGUCAUGAUCCAGAAUAGCCGGUGGGCGAAUCUCCCUCCCGAGCUUCUCUUCGACGUGAUCAGAAGGCUGGAAGAGAGCGAGAGCACGUGGCCUGCUCGGAAGGAUGUCGUCGCCUGCGCAGCCGUUUGCCGAUCAUGGAGGAGCAUGUGUAAGGAAAUUGUCAAAAACCCAGAAAUCUGCGGGAAGCUUACUUUCCCGGUUUCGUUAAAACAGCCGGGGUUUCGCGACGGAGCCAUUCAAUGCUUCAUAAAGCGCGACAAAUCUAAUCUGACGUAUCAUCUCUUUCUAUGUCUGAGUCCCGCAGCUUUGCUGGUCGAAAAUGGGAAGUUUCUUCUCUCUGCUAAAAGAACUCGCCGAACUACUUGCACUGAGUAUAUCAUCUCUAUGGAUGCCGAGAACAUUUCACGAUCGAGCAGCACGUACAUUGGAAAACUGAGAUCGAAUUUUCUUGGCACAAAGUUUAUAAUAUACGAUACACAGCCUACCCACUCGUGUUCGAAUGCGGCGGGGCAGCCCGGGAGAACGAGCAGGCGAUUCUACUCCAAGAAAGUGUCUCCGAAAGUCCCGACCGGGAGCUACAACAUAUGCCAAAUCUCGUACGAACUUAACGUGCUCGGGACCCGAGGGCCUCGCAAAAUGCAGUGCGUGAUGCACUCGAUACCUGCGUCGUCCGUUGAGCCCGGCGGAGUUGUGCCGGGACAGCCCUCAGAGCUGGUGCCGAGAUCCAUCGAAGACUCGUUCCGGAGCAUCUCGUUCUCCAAGUCCCUGGACCACUCGUCCGAAUUCAGCAGCUCCCGAUUCUCCGAUAUCCCGGGGUUAUCAAACGACGGCGGCGAUAGUAAAGGGAGGCCGUUGGUGCUGAAGAACAAGGCGCCGCGGUGGCACGAGCAGCUGCAGUGCUGGUGCCUGAAUUUUCGGGGACGGGUGACGGUCGCUUCCGUCAAGAACUUUCAACUGAUUGCUGCUGCUGCACCGCCGGUGGCGGCGGCUGCUGCGGCAGUGGUGCCGCCUCCGGCGGCGGGGCAGGUAGAUCAUGAUAAGAUAAUUCUGCAGUUUGGGAAGGUGGGGAAGGAUAUGUUCACCAUGGAUUACAGGUAUCCGUUGUCGGCGUUUCAGGCGUUUGCCAUUUGUUUGAGCAGCUUCGACACCAAAUUGGCCUGUGAAUAGACAGACAGAGACACAGAUCAGAUUCAGAUUUAUGACAAAUUGAAAGAACAAAAAAAAAAAUUAAAAAUGAAGAACAUAUUGGAUGUGGAUGGGAUGGAAUUGGUUGUUGGUGAUUAGUGUUAAGGGACAGUAAGUAUGUUUAUGUAUCUAUGUAUUUAUGAUUCCAUUGUUGCUGCUGCUGUGUAUAUUGUGGUUUUUCUUA